AUGCCAGUAACGAGUAACGCUGUCAGGCGGUCACCGACCGAGCCGCCGCUACAGCCACCUCCAGAGACGGCGCUAGAGCCACCGCCCAUAGCCACCUCCAGAGACGGUAUUCGAGCCACCGCCCAGCCCGCCUCGCGUGGCGCCGACGGCGCCUCGGUCCAAACACAGGUGGAGCCGCCCAUAGCUGGACAGCGCAUGGUGCGCGCUGCAGAGCUGGGUUGGGGGAGGGGCGAGGAGGAGGAGGGGGCGACAUACCACACCUGGCACAAGUUCGAGUUCCUCGUCGAGGAGUUGGAGACUGAAUCGGGCGAGGACGUCAUCUCGAUCCUGCUCUACUCUCUCAGCCUGGUCGGUAUGUGCGCCGUGGUGGGGUACACCGGCCUCGGCCUGUCCCUCUGGCCCAUCCGCCUCCUGCGCGGACAGGAGAGUGUCCAGGAGCAGCGCGAGGAUGUGCGUCAGGAGCGCCGCCGUCUCCAGCUCCAGAUUAACACGCUCAGGGACCAGGCCAACUACUCGACGUUUCCGUCGUGGCAGGUGGACCGACUGAACUCCCUGGAGCGGGAAGAAGCGGUGCUCGGACGCCGCGAGACCGAGCUCAAUGAGGCAGUCGGCAACUGGAUGAACAGGUGCAGUGGCUUUUUCCGUCCGUUCGAGGUGGUUCUGGGCAUCACCGUCUUGGUGACUGGUGCCGUCACCUUCACCGCCCUGCUACUGAGCAACAUCGACAAGGCGCUGCACUCGCUGGGUAUGAAGACGGGGUACAUCCUGCCGGAGCGCCAGCUGCCCAACCCGAUGGACUGGCUUCUCUCUGAGUCGGACCGACUGUACCCGCUCGACUACAUCCUCUACUUGGUACUCAUCUUCACCCUGGUCGGCGCCACCGUCAGCUGCAUCCAGGACAUCGGCGUGCGCGUGUUUGCCGUUAAGCUGUACUCGAUUCGCCCGGGCCGCACGCCGGCGCACGGCCUGAUACUGCUGGUGCUGAGCCUGGUGUACGUGCUGCUGGCACUGAAUGUGCUGCUGCUCUCGAUCGCGCCCCAGUACACCAUGUACGGCGACCAGCACUACAUCAAAGACGAAGUGCAGCCGGACGGCAGCGUGAAACGAGAGGUUCUGCCGUGCACUGCCAGCGCGCCGGCCGGCGAGUGUGUUCUCAGCCGAAUGGCCCUGCUGCUGCUGCGCUUCUCCUACAAGGCCUGGAUCUUCGGAGCCGUCUUCUACUGGGCCACCUGGCUCUUCCUCCUGUCGGUGGUGAUGGGCUUCUUUAUCGCCCUCUACCGUCGCCGUCCCAGACAGGGGGCUGGACUUCCCACUGAGGAGGACAGACUGCUGGACAAUGUCGACGCCUGAGGACAGUGAGGACACAUUGAGGACACGGUGAGGACAGUGAGGACUGAGGACACUGAGUAUCUUUCAUGACAUGGGAAGGAGCCGCGAGGAUCUGGGUGAUUUGAGGAAAGGGGCAGAGGGAGGACUCUGGCUUCAAGAGGAGAGUUGCUCGCUGUGAGGACAGUCUUGAGAACGCAGGAUGAGUGUAUGAGUGGCGGAAUUGCGUAAUAGAUGGAAGGAUGAAAUGUUAUUGUGUAAAAGCAAGAGUUUUGAGACGUGAAUGCGUUAACAGAAACAGUGUGAGAGAUUAUUGAAGCUACAGUCUGUUUGCACUUGAGCUCUUUCGCUUGUGUGCAAUGAUUUAUCGUUCCUUUCUGUUAUAUGAAAGUAUGCGAGCAAUUGUGAUACCUUAUCACACGCCAAAGCAUACUAAUUUCUUUCUUCAUUGCCGCCGAAGAUGUCUAUGCUUCCGUUGUAGACACAGUUUCUUAGUGAGCCAGAUUGCCAUAGCCAAAUGAGUAGAUUAGCUGAUGUGGUUAGCAUGAUCAGACAGCUUAGGAGCGCACUCUAUCAGCUAUACCACCGAAUGUUGUGUAACUGGUUGGGAGUUGGGACAACGCUUGAGUGCUCUUGUGCGAUUAUUGUAUCGCGUUUCCCUCAUGUCCACUGCCUGUGUUACGUUGCCGCCUUUUCACUACUCAAGGUGGCAUGUGAAAGGUAAUAAGUCGUGCUCUGUGUGGGAGGAAGCCCAACCCCGCCGAAUCCUGACUGGACUGGAAUCAAAUCAUACUGUGACCGUUGCUUCGCAUUGAGACUCUGCUGCGUCUUUAUAUAUUGAGUGAUCGGUAGGGAAGCGCUAUUCAGUAAGCAAUUAGUCGAGAGUGGUUACCAAUGCUUGUAGUAGUCCGAGCCACUGUCGUGAGUGGAGGCGAGGUGUCGCUGACGCUUUCAUUCAGAUAUACAGUGUCCUAGCAAUCCCUUAGAUAUCCGGCCAAGCUUUUGUAGAUGAGAAAUGUCACAAAUUCAAUAUCGGAUGUAAACACGACUUUCCUCUUAUCUUCCGCUAUUGUGUGGUUUUGCCGGCAGCGGGACCGUUUUGUUUGUGGCAUGAUUCUGUCGUCGAUGUAAUUUUCACCAUAAUUCAGGCAGACAUUGCCGAAUUUUCGUCGACGUAAUGCUGGUUUGUCAGGUUGUCCAGUGGUUUGCGCCAAAUUAUUAAGCUCCUGCCGUUUGUGUCAUUGUCCCCAUGGCUUUGUGCACCGAUCUGAUUCGCAUGUCUCAGCAGUAGUUUUGUUUGUGGUGCCCGAUAUGUUGAAUUAGCUCAUUUCACCUCUAUUUAAUUUCUCCAGUGAUUGGGUUGUUGCUGCUCAUAUGUGUUAUAAGUUUCGCCCGCAGUAUCGCAGUCAAUGACUUCAUGCAAUAUGAUCUUCAAUGUAACUGCGUGGCAUUAAUGGAUAAUCGAAUGUAUGUACGCAUGCUUAUCCCAAUGUACAUUUGCGCCCAAGUUACGAGGCGCCGCUUCUGGGUGACGAUACCAGCCCUAUUGUAGGUGUAGAAACUAGUUAAUACCCACGUUGCCCCAUUGUACGAGUUAGGGGGCGUCUUGGUCGUUCGGCUGUGGAUAUAUGUUUACAUGUUUAUUCUAUUAGAUGCGUAGUAUUUACACUUCUUGCCGGCUUUGCCAGGUUAGUCCUUAGGCGCUAGACGAGGGAAGUUCCCUUGCUUUUCAUUGCGUUUAAUCAGGUGUUCUCUGAGUUGUAUCAGUUAAAUACAGUUACAUAAUA